UGGCCAGCGCGACGGUGGAGAGCGGUGGCGCACCGGUGGAGAGCGAUGACGCAGCGAUGGAACGCGUUACAAUGCAGCGAUCGCAAUAGCGAUGGCAGCGAUGGAACAACAAUAGCGAUUGCGCAGCGAUGGCGCACCGGUGGAGAGCUAUGGCGCAGCAAUGGAACAGCGAUAGCGAUGGCGCAGCGAUGGAACAACGAUAGCAAAGGCAGCGUUAGCGAUAGCGAUGGCAGCAAUAGCGAUGGCGCACCGAUUGAGAGAUGGCGCAACGAUGGAACCAACGUUGCGAUGGCAGCUAUGGUACCAGCGUUACGAUGGCGCAGCGAUGGCCAGCGCUGCGAUGAGAGCGAUGGCGAUUGUCAGCGCUGCGAUGGUCAGGAGAGCACGACGGCUGCGAUGGGGGAUAUAGCUUUGCGUCGCGAUGGCGAUGAGCUAAGUGCAUCGAUGGCGAUGGUGCAUGGCGAGCGUUGGCGAUGUCGAUGACCUAAGCGCAUCGAUAACGAUGGUGCAUGGCUAAGCGCAUCGAUAUCGAAUGCCGUUGACAUUUGCAAAAUGUCCG